UGCAUCUGCAUGAAAUGAAAGAUUCAUGGGGUGUAAAAUGUACAAAUGUUUUGAUUGCAGUCAGUACUUUGGAGUCUGAAGUGCAUUUGGAAAAUGAAUAAAGAAAGUGUUUUUCUUUUAAGGGCCAUCGUGGUCACAGUUAAUUAAUGCAAAUUAGCAUUUUCUCAUUAAAACAGGCCACAGACGAGUAUGACUACAGCCGAGGUCUGCAGCUGUCCUCGCGUUAGGCACAGAACUCACAAGCUCACAGAAACGCAGUGAGGUUUCCUGUGCUAGAACACUGUUGAGAGCCCUGUUCUCCUGGCUGUGCUGCCCGUGUGGGGAGGAACAAUGCUCUUCUCAGAUUACACCCCUCUGCACUCCUCCUCCUGCUUUCUCAAAGGCAACCCCCUCGUGCCUCGCUGGCGUCUGAUUGGUGCACGCUUCGUAUAUUUACACCACGGGUUUAACAAGCCUCACCACAACUUUCAAACUCUGGGAUAAAAAAAAGCUCUGGACAAGUUUUGGACAGUGUGAUUUUUUUAAAGAGUGAUUUGUUUAGGAUUUUACUAGUAUUUUGCAGUUUAUUAAAAUCCUCUAGGUUCAUUGUGUUUUGUUGUUUUCUCCCGCGCAAUUUGUUUUAUUAAGUUUGCUUUUUUCUGUUUGUUUUCCUUGCGAAAAAGAACAACAUAAAAAAGUUUGACAAACUCAAGGUUGUCUUGCUGGAAUGAAUAUAUCUGAGUCUAGUUACUGUCGAGAGGAGAGUUCUCAGCCCAGGGGCGAGGGUUCAUGGGUCCCAGCCCCCAGCCCCGGCUCUGACCGCGGGCUGGGAUUCGACCAAACCCUGGUUGGUGACUUGGGGCCCACGGUACCGCUGAGAGUGGGACGGGGAGCAGGAGGGGCGGCGGAGGGCCGGACGGGGAGCCCCGAUCCCUGCCGUGCUGGAGCACCGGCCCUGGGCAACCCCGCGGGAAAGACAGGGGCAGAGUCUCGGAUCCGCCGGCCCAUGAACGCCUUCAUGGUGUGGGCUAAAGACGAGAGGAAACGGCUGGCGCUGCAGAACCCAGACCUACACAACGCUGUCCUCAGCAAGAUGCUAGGCCAGUCAUGGAAGUCCUUGAGCACCCCAGAGAAGAGGCCCUUCGUGGAGGAGGCAGAGCGGCUCCGGCUGCAGCACCUCCAGGAUCACCCCAACUACAAGUACCGCCCCCGGAGGAAGAAGCAGGCCAAGAAGAUCAAACGCAUGGAGCCCAGUCUACUGCUCCAUGGCCUGUCCCAGGCCUGUGGGGGCGGGGGGGCGGGGGACAGCUACGGCCAGCCAGGGCACUCCCACCACCUGCUGUCCACCCUCGGGCACUUCGGCGACCUGCACCCUGGCGGCGGCCCGGACUUCGAGAACUACGGCCUGCCCACCCCCGAGAUGUCACCACUGGACGUGCUGGAUGAAGGAGGAGACCCUGUCUUCUUUCCCCCGCACAUGCAGGACGACAUGAGCCUCCCGCCUUGGAUUAAUUACCACCCCCAUCACCACCCACACCACCCCAAUCCUCACCACCACCCUCACCAUCCCCACAGUCACGGGCCCGGGCACCUUCACCCUCUCCAUGGUCAGAAGGCGCCCCCCGAGCCUCGGCACCAGAAGUGCCACCUCCCGGGAGCUACGAACGGUCCCUACUCCCAGAGCCAGCCCGGCCUGCCCGAGGCCACGAAAGCCGGCACCUACUACGGCCACCUGUACGCAGGCGGCCAGCCGGGCGGCUUCACCUCGCACCUGGGCCAGCUCUCCCCUCCUCCCGAGUCCACCGCCACGGCCACGGCGUCCCCAGCCUCCGGCCUGGACUCCGUGGAGCAGCUGGGACCCCCCUCGGAGUUCUGGACGGAAGUGGACCGCAACGAGCUGGAUCAGUACCUGGACUCCAGCCGGACACGCCUGGAGUGCGCCGCGGCGGCGCAGGGCUAUGGCGCCGCCAUGUCUAAGGUGUCCAGCAGACACACAUCCUGUGAGGAGAGCAGCCCCUUGAUAUCCGCCCUGUCUGAUGCCAGCAGCGCCGUCUACUACAGCGCCUGCAUUACCGGCUAGACUCCAAAUGUCCGCCUCCCUCACAUCGUGCCUGAGAACAGGGAAUCCAAAGCCAUACCAUUUCAAUGCUAUAGAUAAGAAUGUGAAUAUUUUAUACAUUACAUUGUAUUGAAACGUCUGUAUCUACCUUUUUUGUGAAGGAUUUUUAUUGUGUGUUUUUGUGUUUUUAACUUUUUGUAUUAUACUGAAUAACUGGGGUAAAAAUCUGCACUGGGUUCCAGAGAAGAAUCUUGAAGUGUACAGAAAAUACUGUUGCAAAUGCCUGAAUACAUGUGCUGUUUUCAAAAUAGUAAAUGCUGAUACAUUUUAUACAGAAGACUGGAAAUACAAUUGAAAAAAAAAUGAUUUUUUUUUUAAAUAUAUGGAUUUGUAAUGGUUUACCGUGACUAUAAAUUAUUUUCCAUGAUUAUUUUACUUCUGCAUUUAACUCUUCCCAACGUAUUUGCAUUCUUUGUUAAAUAGGUUUUACAUCCUGUUAGGCAGCACUUGGGGGGAAAAAAUCUGAUAGAAAUCUGAUAUUAAUUAAAUGUUCCAAUGCUUUUUGUGGUAAUUGGUGGCAAUAAUCUAUAAGUAAUGGUUGGACGAGAAAACAAAAUAACUUGGAACAAUUUUUUUAAAUAAAUUGAAAACAGUCUGUUGUGAAUAAUAUACAUCUUCCAUACUUUGCCAGAAAGAAGAUUCGAUUUUAGGAAAUUUUUUUUUUUUUGUAUGUACAUAUCAUAUUUUUUAGAGACCUAUUUGCAUAUGAGGAUUUGCCUUAAUUUGUUUUACAAAAUAAAAUAGUUAAUAACA